UGAAGUGAGAUGGGAGGAUGACGGGAGCCAGUUAGCAGCAAGCCCAGCUAGUUUAUGUUGCUGUUUCUGAGCCGUCAGGUUUCUUUCUCGCUCUCAGUCGUUCGCUAGGUCGUACUAAAAAAAUCCUGAUUUUCCCUCAAGGCUUGUUUUUCAGCCCUUAGGACCGAAUAGACCCGUUGCUCGGUUUUCUUGUACGCUUUGUGCUGACGCUCCCGACCGAACUCGAGUCAGCAUGCCUGAGAGGAGGCCCUUCGUGCGGCUGCCUACUGACGUUUGUCCCGUUAACUAUGCGCUGUGUCUGAAGCCUGACCUGAUCGAUUUCACCUUCGAGGGCAAACUGGAGGCGCAGGUGGAGGUUACACAAGGGACAAAUCAAAUCGUGAUGAACUGUGCGGAUAUUGAUAUAAUCACUGCAUCUUUUGCACCAGACGGAGGGGAAGAAAUAAGCGCUACAGGAUUUAACUAUCAGAACGAGGAUGAGAAAGUCACUCUGUCAUUCCCCAGCGCUCUUCUGAAAGGGUCUGGUGUGUUGAAGAUUGACUUUGUUGGAGAGUUGAAUGAUAAAAUGAAAGGUUUCUAUAGAAGUAAAUACUCGACUUCGUCAGGAGAAAUCCGCUAUGCAGCCGUCACACAGUUCGAGGCCACAGAUGCCCGCCGAGCUUUCCCUUGCUGGGACGAGCCAGCUAUCAAAGCCACCUUUGACAUUACCCUUAUAGUCCCCAAGGAUCGAGUAGCCUUGUCCAAUAUGAACGUCAUCGAUCGUAAGCCGUACCCAGAGGACGACAGUCUUGUGGAAGUCAAAUUCGCCACUACACCCAUUAUGUCCACCUACCUGGUGGCGUUCGUCAUCGGCGAGUACGAUUUCGUGGAGAGCCAGUCGUCUGACGGCGUGACGGUCCGUGUGUACACGCCAGUAGGGAAAGCCGAGCAGGGCAAGUUUGCACUGGAGGUGGCUACUAAGACCUUACCUUUCUACAAAGAAUAUUUUAAUGUUCCUUAUCCGUUGCCUAAAAUUGAUCUUAUAGCAAUUGCUGAUUUUGCUGCUGGUGCCAUGGAAAAUUGGGGCCUUGUUACUUACAGGGAGACUGCUCUGCUGAUUGACCCAAAGAAUUCAUGUGCGUCCUCGCGUCAGUGGGUGGCCCUGGUGGUAGGGCAUGAGCUGGCACACCAGUGGUUCGGGAAUUUGGUUACUAUGGAAUGGUGGACCCAUCUGUGGCUUAAUGAGGGUUUUGCGUCAUGGAUCGAGUACCUCUGUGUGGAUCACUGUUUCCCCGAGUAUGACAUCUGGACCCAGUUUGUAUCUGCUGACUACACCAGGGCUCUUGAUCUGGAUGCUCUUGAUAACAGUCAUCCAAUUGAGGUUAAUGUAGGACAUCCCUCGGAAGUGGAUGAAAUCUUUGAUGCCAUAUCUUACAGCAAAGGUGCUUCUGUUAUUCGCAUGCUGCACAAUUACAUAGGCGAUGAGGAUUUUAGAAAGGGAAUGAACGCGUAUCUUGUAAAGUUUCAACACAAAAAUGCAUCCACAGAGGACCUCUGGGAUUGUCUAGAGCAGGCUAGUGGGAAGCCCAUUGCUGCAGUGAUGAGCUCCUGGACCAAACAGAUGGGAUUCCCCAUUAUUGUAGUGGACCAGGAGCAGCAAGGAGACGAUCGAAUGCUGAAGAUAUCUCAGAAAAAGUUCUGUGCUAGUGGACCACAUAAUGGUGAGGACUGCCCGAACUGGAUGGUCCCAAUUAGCAUCUGCACCAGUGAGGACCCCAGCUGUUCCAAGAUAAAGGUUCUGAUGGACCAGCCUGAACUCCCAGUCAUCAUCCCUAACCUGGGACCAGAUAAGUGGGUCAAGCUUAAUCCAGGCACGGUAGGCUUCUACAGGGUCCAGUACAGCUCGGCCAUGCUGGAGAGUUUGCUGCCAGGAAUCCGAGAUCUUACGCUGCUCCCUGUAGAUCGUUUGGGCCUGCAGAAUGACCUUUUCUCUCUGUCACGUGCAGGUAUGAUCAGCACGGUGGAGGUCCUGAAGAUGAUGGAGGCGUUCGUGAACGAGCCGAACUACACAGUGUGGAGUGACCUGAGCUGUAACCUGGGCGUGCUCUCCUCUUUGCUCUCCCACACCGACUACCACGAGGAGAUCCAGGAGUUCAUCCGAGACCUCUUUACCCCCAUCGGCCUAAAGCUGGGCUGGGACAACAAACCUGGCGAGGGCCACUUGGACGCUCUGCUGCGAGGGCUUGUGCUGGGAAAGCUGGGGAAGGCGGGACACAAGGCCACGCUGGAGGAGGCUCGCAGGAGAUUUAAAGAACAUGUGGAAGGCAAGCAGAUCCUCUCUGCAGACCUCAGGAGUCCAGUUUAUCUAACAGUUUUAAAGCAUGGGGAUAGCUCAACGCUGGAGACUAUGCUAAAGCUUCAUAAACAGGCUGACAUGCAGGAGGAGAAGAAUCGCAUAGAGAGAGUUCUGGGAGCAAUCUCGUCUCCAGACCUCAUCCAGAGAGUGUUGACCUUCUCUCUUUCGGAUGAGGUUCGUCCCCAGGACACUGUGUCUGUGAUUGGAGGCGUGGCCGGAAGCAGCAAGCACGGCCGCAAAGCAGCUUGGAAAUUUGUCCGAGAUAACUGGGAGGAGCUUCAUAACCGCUACCAGGGUGGAUUCCUCAUAUCUCGACUCAUUAAGCUCACCGUCGAUGGGUUUGCAAUUGACAAAAUGGCUGCAGAAGUCAAGAGUUUCUUCGAGACUCACCACGCGCCGGCAGCUGAGCGCACCGUGCAACAGUGCUGCGAGAACAUUCUCCUGAACGCCGCCUGGCUCAAGCGGGACGCCGACGACAUCCAUCAGUACCUGCUGCAGCGCAAAGCGCCGCCAGUGUGACCCCUGAACUCUGACCCCGGCCUCUCCUGACCUGCUCACUUAAUCUCUCAGAUCUCCCAGCAAAUCAUCGCUGCCUCCGCCAGUCCGCCCCAGCAGAGCGCGAGAGCAUCCAGAAAUUAAACAGGCUUUGUUUUUUUCCUAUAUUAUGUGACGACGAUUCAAGCGCUGUAGUUACAUCUUGCGAAUAACCAGAGAAAUCAAAAUCGAGACAGAAGUGUGAUGACAAAUGUUGUACCCUGUUCUGCCUGCUGGAAACGAUGCACAUGCAAAGAUGUAAGAAAAUUCCAGAUGUGAUUUUCAUAUAUAUAUAUAUUUUUUUUGUUUGUUUGUUUGUUUUCUUUUUAAAACGGUAACGCAUGCAUAUGCUUUUUACGAUUAGCACUUCACUCUGCCAGACGUUUCACUAUGGACCUCUACAUGCAUUUACACAGUAGUAUGAUAACUGUGAAUUUAAUUCGCUCUUCCAUUUAUGUCUUUUGAAAUUAGGCAUGCUUGCAACAUUUGAUAUCGGCGCAUUGAUAUCAGCAAUUGUUUUCAGUGUUUUUUUGUUUUUUUUUCCUUUAGCCAUGUAUGUUUUCUGUGCAAACAGUAUUUCACUUCCUCUGCUGUGUCAUCCGUUAUGAUGGCCGUACACAGUUUUAUGUAGAAUCACCUUGGCAUGGCGGAAUGGGGUUAAAGGUCAUGGUGUGCUCGUAUAAAGGACUUUUUGUUUUGACAGCAACGGCACUGAUCCACGGUGCUGGAAAGGUUCGAACAGAUCGAACAGCAUAAGCAUGGUACUGUAUGUAUAUCGUUUAAUGCAAGCAUUCUUGCCGAGACCUGCAACUUAUCUGAUUUGUAACAUACAUGAUCUUUUCUUCUUCGUCUGUAUGUAAGAAUUUCUCUUCCACAAUACACUCCCUCUCGAGUUAACUACAGAAUAAGAAAAUAAACAAAAGGCAUUUUAGACA